UUUUAUGCAGUUUGGUAUAACUGUAUAACUAAUAAAUAAAUAUCAACAUCCAGCUUUUGAGUAGGUUUAAGCAUUGUCUGUAGGUAUAGUUAGUAUAGAACAGAUAAAGAUAAAGAAUGCUAAAUCUCUGGAUUGUGUUUAUUUUUGUAUUAGGCUACGUAGAAGCUUUUGCAGUUUUGUCUCCAGAGAAAGAUGAUAAUGUAUGUUGUAUUCCUGAGAACUGGGAGGGUAUGUUAUACCUGGAUUUUGGGAUUGUAUUUAUAGAUCAAAACACGGCAUUUUCGUACAUCAACGGCACAGUACAUGCUGCAUACAGUUUUACAAGGAAGAAGGUGUUUUUCAAUAUAACGGGUACUGAAUUAAGUCCAUUGAUACCUAGACCUGUGCCAGAGAAUACAGUUCUACUAUACGAUUUUGAAAAGCGGAUGAUGUACUCACUAAGUGGAGGCGAGUGCCAGAAGUCCAGUUUAGAUAGUAAUAUGACAAACCAGUGCAUUCCAAAUGAAGCCAAACAAAUUGCAACUGGGGUGUUUGGAUCUGGCAACACAACCAGGUUGUUACAUACCUACCAGUUCUCUACAGAUAUAGACGUACCUUAUGACAUCACCGCCACGGUAUUUAAAAAUGAAUUGACGCCUAUACACCCUAAGGUAUGCGAGCCGUUUUAUGUGAACUACUACACUCCUUCAGUGAACCCUGACAGCGGAUCAAUGUACGGCUUACAAUUUAUGGACAUUGGUCCUAUAAAAUCGGAGAAAAUAUUUGACAUUCCGAAACCAUGUAUCACAAUUUAAAACCGCACAUAUUUAAUUAAAAAUUAUUUCUUAAAUGUACUUAUGCGCGGACUAAACAAAUGAAGCUAAAAAUUUACUAUCACUAUUUAAAUUGUAUUUAUACUGAUUCUUUAAAAUUUAGUUCACGUUAAAACCAAUACCAUUCAGUCACUUCUUUGUGGAUCCAGUGUGAUAAUUCUGGUAUUUUAGGAUUAGGCGUAAAAAACAAAUUGUUUGUUUCCGGUAUCCCGACCUACCCUAAAUUUUUGGCCCGACCCUAAAUGUUGUUAUGGCCUUGGAGAAUUCUUUUUCAACUUUUUGACAAAAAGUUGCAAAACUGCACUUUUUAUGCUUUAAACAUGGUCAGUGAUGUUAGAAAUCAACUUACUGAUGCUCUAAAGGCAUAACCCCCCUAUUUGUAUUCAUUUUUUGACACAAAAAUAAUUUCCGAAAAGUCUCCCUUAAUUAAAAAGAAUAAAAAAUUCCAACCUACCUGCCCUAAUUUUUUUGAGCAUGUUACCGGAAACAAAGCAUUUUUUUAGGCCUUACGGAGUCCAUUGAAAGUUCCGCCUAAGCCAGUACUUUCCAUUACUUCUCAGGAACAGACUCAAUCAAACUUAGUCUGCUAUUAUUUUCUAUGCUUCCAAAGGAUCUUCGUACAGAUUUUGUUAAACAGUUUUUAAAUUGUAGAUUAUCCCUCUGGCAAUGAUAAAACGAAUUGCUGCAACAACAUGGUCUGUCUCUGGGAAUGCGAGAAUAUAUGUGCACAUUAACCUUUUGGUAUUUGUCUGUAAACUAUUUUUGAAUUUGUUAUUGCUUUAGUAUGUUUAUUAGUCC